AUGACCGUAUGGAUCGCAUGUAUCAAGCAGCCCAGCCGGCCUUCAUCGAUGUCACGUGGAACGCAGGAGGCAGCAACUCCACAAACAGAAACAAGAAUGCAGCAGACGGCGGCACGACGACCAACGAGAUCGUGUUUCACGGCGCAGAGUGUGCUGGGUCUGGAGACUUGCAUGCACCUGACAUGCACUAAUAUGUCGCUAGCGGCAAUCGACGCUGCUCUAGAACAAGCACAUGCCUCAGGGUGCCAUAACAUCCUUGCCCUAAGGGGCGAUCCGCCAAGAGGCCAGCCAAGCACUGCUAGCAGCAGCGAGAGUGGCAGCAGUGGCGGCGGUAACGGGAGCAGCGACGGGGACUGCAAUUUCAAGUUUGCCGCCCAACUGGUCAGAUACAUUCGUUCCAAAUACGGUAACCACUUCGCAAUCGGCGUGGCAGGGUAUCCAGAAGGGGACGGAGAACAAGCAGAUCAGCGGCUGCUACUGCAGCAUUUGAAAGAAAAAGUCGAAUGUGGCGCAGAUUUCAUCAUCACACAGAUGUUUUACGACGUGGACAACUUUCUGCGCUGGGUGCACGGUCUGCGUGAGGUCGGUGUUACGGUUCCUAUAAUCCCGGGGAUCAUGCCGAUCUCCACGUACGCGGCGUUUUUGAGACGCUGUUCCUGGUGCGGCGUGCGCGUGCCAGACAAUUUUUUACAAAGACUAGCGCCCGUCAGCGACGAUGACGAGCUGGUAAGAGAAAUAGGUACGCAGCUAGUAGUGGACAUGUGCCGCCGACUGCUGGAGAGCGGUGUUGUGUCGCAUCUGCAUCUUUACACGAUGAAUCUGGAGAGACCUCCGCUGGUCAUCCUGGAACGGUUGGGUCUGUUGCCAGAGGCCUCCGCUGAGCAGUCCAUUGAUACUUUUACGAACGAGCCGCCGGCUGUCGUUCCUUGGCGCAGAUCUCUGAAUCCGCAGCGCAGAAACGAGGAAGUGCGUCCCAUCUUUUGGAAGAGCCGCCCUUACAGCUACGUAGCGCGCACAUCGCAAUGGGCGGCUGACGAAUUUCCGAACGGUCGUUUCGGUGACUCAAGCUCACCGGCGUUCGGUGACCUGGAUCUGUGUGGAUCUACGUUAUUGCGUCAGAGUGCGCAGCGUUCGUUAGAACUGUGGGCAAUGCCGUCGAGCAUUCGCGAUGUCGCAAUGUUGGUAGUCGCGUACUUGCAAGGAGAACUGAGGUGUCUUCCAUGGAGUGACACGCCAGUGAGCAGUGAAGUUGACGUCAUCCGCCGCCAACUGAUUGCAUUGAACGAACAGCAACUGAUCGUUACCAUCAACUCGCAACCGCAGGUCAACGGUCUGCGUUCCAACGUCAAAGGGUUUGGAUGGGGUCCGUCUGAUGGGUACGUCUACCAGAAGCAAUAUUUGGAGUUUCUGUUGCCACGCGCAAGAUUCGAGAGGUUACAGCAAGAGUUGUCCAAGACCAAUGAGACCACUUCGAGUUUGACGUACUUGGCAGCAGACUCCCAUGGUGGCUGGUGGUCGAAUCAGCCUGACGGUGCGAAAGCCACUGCGGUCACAUGGGGUGUGUUCCCGGGACGUGAAGUGUUGCAGCCGACCAUUGUUGAGAAAAUCUCAUUUUUAGCAUGGAGAGAUGAGUUCUAUAGAAUCUUACAAGAUUGGCGUGAUAUAUUUGUGCAUGCUAGUCCUGAUGGCGACCAGUGCGAUAACGGCAGUGCGCAAAGAGAGAAUCCUAGUGCAAAAUUGAUGCAAUUGAUGAUUGAUGACUAUGUUUUGGUAAAUCUUAUUGAUAAUGACUUUGUGUCAGUUGAUGAUAAGAUUUUUGAACUUUUGAUGAAAAUUUGA